GGAAGGGGAUCGCUGAUUUCGGGGUCUCUCUCGGGUCUCCCUAAAUACUGAAGCAUUGGCCUGAAACAUUUGAUCGGCUAGUCGUAGGAAGCGACGACUAGCUGCACUAGUAUAUGCCAGCUGCGGGCUGGGUUUAUGGCAGAAUUUCUUCAAACCUGAAUCUUGUGCAACGCAUCGCGUCCAUUUCAAUUUGAAAUUUUGUAGGAGACGUUUGUGGCAUUUCAUCGAUUGGCGUGGUCUGGCGUCGCGCUUCGAGUAGUGAGGAUUGGUUGAGUGGUGACUUUUUUGUGGGAACUGGGAUUUCAGUGGAAGUGCAAUUAGCAAUACCUGAGUUUUCCUGAGACUUUGGUACUGUGAGUUGUGAGGCGUGUGGGCCGAAGCAUGAUGGAGCAAGUUGACUGUGAUGGGGUUGAUGAACCCCGGCCGAAAAGGCCAAAGAAAAGGAAUCGUGGGCUCGUCAGAGUUCAGUGUGGCUAUGCAGACUGCACCUAUUAUAACAGCAAGCAAAACCUGCCCAGACACACAAGAGUAAAACACCCAGGAUUGCCUCCAAAGAUAAGGCCAAGUGGUCCGUUUGGUCCAGAUGGCCGCUUCAGUGCCUGGUUCUCCCAGUCUCAAGAGUACAGCGACUCGGAAUCUGGCGCUGGCGCUGCCCAGCCCGGCGUCAGCGGAACCCAGCCCGGAGUCGGCGAAACCCAGCCCGACGUCAGCGGAGCCCAGCCCGGCCUCAGCGGAGCCCAGCCCGGCGUCAGCGAAGCCCAGCCCGGCCUCAGCGGAGCCCAGCCCGGCGUCAGCGAAGCCCAGCCCGGCGUCAGCGAGGCCCAGCCCGGCGUCAGCGAAGCCCAGCCCGGCGUCAGCGAAGCCCAGCCCGGCGUCAGCGAGGCCCAGCCCGGCGUCAGCGAGGCCCAGCCCGGCGUCAGCGAGGCCCAGCCCGGCGUCAGCGAAGCCCAGCCCGGCGUCAGCGGAGCCCAGCCCGGCGUCAGCGGAGUCCAGCCCGGCGUCAGUGGAGCCCAGCCCGGCGUCAGUGGAGCCCAGCCCGGAGUCGACGGAACCCAACCUCUCACCGACAGAGCCCAGCCCGGCGUCAGCGGAGCGCUGGAAGCGAGGCUGGACGCUCUGGAAGCAAACCUUAUGCGAAUCCUGGACAUUCUCGAAAACCGCCUCAACCAGGGUAGUGGAAACGGAAGAAGCGGCAUCGCCAUGCCGACAGGUUGCGAGGGGCGUAUUGCUAACCUCGAGAAAACCCAGUUGAAAAUAUUGCAGAUCUUGCAAAAACCCCGUCCUGAAGAGGAAAGUCAGCAGCGAGGUCAUGGCUCGUCGAUGGACCAGCUCCUGUCAGCGGCGCGGGACUUUAACGCUCUGCGAGAGCUGUCAUGUGAUCAGCUGGAGUGCGCUCCAGAGCACAACGUCGUGUUUUGCAGGACAUGCCUACCACAGUUCGAUCCUGAACGGGACCUGAAAAACACUGCAGCAAAAACUCACGGGCUUUAUCAGUAUGAUUUCACCCUAGGAGUCAGCUUUCCGAAACCCACCUCCUUGCCACGACCGUUCGUCCUGCUGAAGGCUGCCAUCAAGGCUCACCUGAUGGGAGGAGGACAUCAGAAAAAGAAGGAAGAGCUGAAAAAACAAAGUGAGCUAAAAGCGGCGCGUGCUAGAACGGCUGGAAGCGUUGGCCUCCGAGCAGGGCGCACAGCUUACCACAUCAUCAGGCACUCUCUUCCGAGGGAUCAGUUCGAGAAGCUGAUCGUCCUCCAGCAUGAGAAUGGACUAAACAUGGGCGACAAAUGUCACUCCGGAAUGCAGAUGCCGCGUUUCCGAGACGCUUUCUGUGACGUGGUGCUGAGUACGGUGGCCCGUCAUGUCCAAACAGCACCAUGUGUUGCGAUGAUCGCCGACAAAGUGACUGUCAACCACCGGACGUUGGACAUCAUCGGGAUCAUCACGAUCAUUCCAGAGGCACCAGCGGACGCUCUAUUCCAGAGCUUCGUUGUCGGGGCUCCUGUCGUAACCGACCAUGACGGGAGCUCGCUGGCAAAGGAGUGGUUGGACACCAUGACGAAAGUCGGUGUGACGGAGGUGAAGAAGCUGUCUGCCAUAUGCACCGACGGACAGUACCACCACAACAGCGUCCCAUCUAAAUUCCUUAAAACCCUGGCAAACUCUCACCCAGACUAUGCAGCCCGCUCCGAGCCGCCGUGUGUACCGUGUCUUUGGGACGGUGCACACCUCCUGGAUCUGGCCGACUCGAGCGCAAGGGCCGAACCGAGCUGCGCUUGGGUUAACGAAACCAUCGAAACGGUGACCCGCAUCAUCAAGCGCUUCUCGUCCAGCAGCAAGAACCGGGAGAUGCUGCAGGGCAUCUGCGAAGAACGCGGGCUGCCGCUCCGAGGACUCCAGCUCUGGUCGGAGACUAGGUUCUCGCCCUAUGCUGCCGUCGUCCUCCAGGCAUUCGUCAUUAAUAUGCCUGCGCUGGCUGCUGGUCUGGAUCGGCUGGCAGACUCUCCCCGCGAGAAGGCCCCUGUGGUUGACCAGAUGGUGAAGGAUCUCCGACUGCUAGAAGGCACCGAUACCACGUUCAGGAGACGUGUAAUGGCUCUACUAGACCUCUACAACGUCCUAGGACAGCUCAGCAAAGACCUGCAGAACCUACAGAAGCUGCCCUGGGAGCGCCAGCAGCUUCACGCGGACACAGUCAAGAAGCUGGAGCAGAUGGCAGGCACCCUGGCUGCCUCAGCAUCGACUCGCCGAGGCUCAACUGUGCUGAGUAGCUCUGAUAUCGCGGACAUGCUACGCGAGGAAGAUCCGACGGAGCUGAAGACGUGCUGGCCGAAUCUGCUGAAGCAUGCUGACAAGAUCUCUCCUGAUCAGAGUAAGGAGAUCAAAAGCUUUGCAACAGCGCUGGCUGAUCACUGCAGGCGCCGAGAGAAGGGUACCGACGCCAGAGGGGCCACUAAGGGCUGUCACAACGCCCAGCUGAUGGACGCGAUGAAUGACAUCCGCACCGCGUCUGAUCUGCACUCUAUCAAGCAAUCGAGAACCUCCAGUGUCGCCGUCGAGGUACAGCAGGCGCUGCAUCGCCUGAAGAGGCGUCGGAUGAUCCCAGAUGUCGUCACUGGUGAGUGCUUGAAAGUGGCUUACCAAGCCCUGCAGAACUCUGCCCCCAACCUGUCGAACCAGGAACUCCUGAAGUUCCUGUGGGAGAGAGCGAAGCUACAGGCCGCCCUGACGCCGUACGUGGACACAGUCAUCCGACUGUGGCUACUGUGCCCAGCCGAGAGCGUUGUCGAAAGCAUGGGCAGCACUGUUAAGGCCGUGUUCGGCGUACAUCGACAGCUCCGUCACGACAACGCUGAGAAGGAGCUGAUAGUGCGCUGGAACGGCCCUGACCCGGCACAUUCCGACUACGUCGUUCAGGCCGCGCUCAAAAGGGGAGGGUUCGACUUCGUGCGCUCCACGGUGUCAAUCGUGUCGAUGCUACAGAGCACAGUCAUCGCUCGCCACAAGGCUGCCAAAUGUGCACGUACGUACAUUUUCCAUGAUUAAAAGGAAUAUGCAACACUGGACAUGUUAUGAGUCGUUCCCAGACAUUUUCAAAAGUGAAUUUUUUGUCUCAAAUAGUCUCAGUUGCGAAGUCGCAGUUGAGUUAGGUACAACACAAAAUCCAUGGUACUCAAGUAGUUUCAUUUUAAAUGUACGAAUGUAGCGGCCCCAUCAGUCAAAGUGUACGCACAUAGUAAAAACCGUUCCGGCGUGAGCUUCGUAUUAGUUCCCUUCGCCGGCCGCCGCCUUACCUGGCCGGCGCCGCAGCCCACCUGAGGUCACUGGCCUUUCGUACCGCGGGUGUUUGCAUUUGAAUUACUAUAUGUCGAGGAAUGUUGCCCACGUUUCACAUGUGCACUGUGCCGGUAGCCUCCGUGCUGUAAUGUUGGGAGUGUGGUAGGAUUAUGCACAACAUGUAGUGAACAUAUAGUGAUGUAAAUGAGGAAUACAAUGUUAGGAGUGAACGUGCUGGCUGAACCUAGUCGACACAUUAACAAUGCAUGUGGCACGUCAGGCAUGGUGGGAUUUUGGAAUGAUUUCUUGCAGGUACUCGUCAGGGAUUGGGUCGAUAGCAAUGCGUUAGAUGUCUAUUUUAGGUUGUCAACAAAAUAUUACUUUCUCUGUAGGCAAGUGUGGGUUGGUCUUGCUCGUGAGCAUGUGCACAGCGGUAAUAUCUCGAGAAUGCCAGAUGCGAAUUUGUCCAUAUUUGACAGUGGCUUUCAGACGCCACAGAUAUCUCAAGGUAGACGUGGACUUUAUCCAAGCGUGUGCUAGUUGGCAUUUCUAUUUCUAAUUAUGUUUUAAGUUACCGGCUCCGCGUCACCUUCGCCGGGUCGGGGAGGUGGUGUUUUGGGACCCUUUUCUUUUCGACCCAGAGGCGUUGAAAAGAAAUACAGAAUGCUUGAAGGCUCGUCAAAAAUCAGUGCUACGUUGUUAGCUUCAAUCAGCAAUGUACUAAUGUGCUCACGUAAUGUCACGUAACGUAAGUGUUUUCCUAUGUAUGCACAUUUUUCCAGAACCUCUCCUCAGUCAUGCAAUGAAAAUAAAUCUGA